AUGGAAGAAAUCAGUCGGACGACAAGCCAUGGCGGUGGGAGGAGACCCCUGCCCAAUCCCCAACUUGCCUCUUCCUCGAUGCCGGAAGACGAGUAUGAAGAUAUCGUCGCGGAUCCCUCUCCCCACGGGCCUGGUUCCCGAGAACAGUGCGAUGGCUCAUUUCUCGACCCUUCGAAUAUAUGGAUAGAAUUUGAGGCGGUGAGGAGCUCUGCUGAGUACCACGUUGCUGAAUAUUUGCGCUACUUGGCCCAGUCUCGAUCACCCGCUAACGGCGGCGAGAUAUCGCAAGGAACCCCCAAAGUUUCAUCCACGGCCGCUCUCUGCACUCUUACGACUGGUAUGGCGGCGGUCGUCAACCACGCCAAAGCUGUUGUGCUCUUCUCGCAGUUCGCGUUUGUCGCGAGCGCCGUUACUCUCGCGGUGCCUCCCGCUUGA